AUGAGGCCAAUAUUGCUACAGGGACACGAGCGUGCGCUCACCCAAAUCAAAUACAACAGAGAUGGAGACAUCAUCUUCUCAACCGCGAAAGAUCAACAUAUUUGCGCCUGGUUCGCACACAACGGAGAGCGAUUAGGAACGUAUCAUGGCCACCAAGGAGCUCUGUGGACCGUCGACGUCGACCCAACAAGUACACUCAUCGCGAGUGGCGCUGCCGAUAACACCGUUCGCCUUUGGGAUAUCAGAAGUGGGAAGUGUUUGAAGGUGUGGGAAUUCAACACUGCGGUCAAACGAGUCGAGUUCAACGAGGAUGGAUCACAAUUAUUGGCCGUCACCGAAAAGCGCAUGGGUUUCUUGGGUACGAUCGUGGUUGUGAAUAUUAACCUGGAUCCAGAGGGAGAACAGGAUGAUGAAAAGGUUCUUACCAUCGAAUGUGAGGAGAGUAAGGCGACGGUUGCUGGAUGGAGUUUCAUGAACAAAUAUAUUAUUGCUGGGCACGAGGAUGGAACCGUGUCGCAGUACGACGCAAAGACUGGUGAACAGCUCGAUAACACGCAAGUGCACGAAAUGGACGCCCAGAUCACGGAUAUCCAGUGGUCUCCAGACCGGACAUACUUUAUUACCGCAUCAAAAGACAAGUCAGCGAAGCUCAUCAACGCCGCCGACCUCGAAGUUAUGAAAACCUACGUAUCCGAUACCCCUCUAAACAGCGCCUCAAUCACCCCCAAAAAAGACUACGUUAUUCUAGGUGGUGGUCAAGCAGCAAUGGACGUCACAACCACCUCCGCCCGGCAAGGUAAAUUUGAAGCACGAUUCUACCACAAGAUCUUCGAGGAGGAAAUCGGUCGUGUCCGAGGUCACUUUGGCCCCCUCAACACCGUCGCAGUCGACCCACAAGGAAAGGGAUAUGCCAGUGGAGGUGAGGAUGGAUAUGUUCGUGUACAUCAAUUCGACAAGGGAUAUUUCGAUUUCGAGUAUGAGGUUGAGAGACAGUAUCGAAACCAGAGUCAGCUGUAA